AUGGCGACACAUAAGAAAAACUUUGAAGUAAAAAGGUGGAACGCAGUUGCCGUGUGGUCUUGGUCAAUUUGCACCGAUACUUGCGCUAUUUGCCGUAACAGUUUGCAUGAACCAAGCAUCGAAUAUCAGGCAAAUCCAUCUUCAGCGUCAGAAGAAGGUCUGAGCAUUGCCUGGGGUAACUGUGGGCAUGUUUUCCACCUCGAUUGCAUAUCGAAAUGGCUGCGUACCCGAAGCAACUGUCCUCUUUGUAACAAAGAGUGGGAAUUUGCGAAGAUCGAAAAGGUACGAAUGCAUGACAUAUAUUUGUUGGCGGAAGGCCUCGCUUGUAUUCACCGAUCAAUUAUUCCGCAUAUGACCCUAAACACGGAUACAACUCCCUGUCAUGGGGGGAGAUGGAUGAUAAUUUUUUUCAACCUGAAACCAGCAGUGUUUGCCGAAGAAUCAUAUAAAACCAACUCUUCAAAAGCUUGCCCUGCGUACUUUUUCUUGGAGCGUGUAAUUUCCUGUUCUCGUCGCUGCCACCCAACCGGUCGAGAUAACUUCCCACGAGCAAGUGUAGAAUGUUAUUGGCACGGGACAAAAAAUGGAAAGAGUGGGUUCCCACAUGAUUGAAAUACAGAAUACCUUGAUUGGUACAUACAGGAGUGAUGAAGAGCUAAAUUAAGCAACGAGAAGGAACUAAAAAAUCAUAUUCCACCUUAUAUAAAUACUUCGUUUCGUUCCUUCGAAGGAACGUUCGAAGGAACGAAGGUACGAACGAAGCAAGACACCAUAUAUGUACCCUCGCUCGCUGGAAAUAUGGAAUACUUUUUAGACUAAAAUCCACCUUGUACGUAUGAACAUAUAUAGAAUACU